AUGCGACCGGCGAGGCUAAGCGCCCGGCUGCCCGCGCUGCUGCUGCUGGCGCUGGUCCUGUCGCCGCGCGGGACCCAGGGGAGGCCCGGGGGCCGCAGGGGCGCGCGCGUCGCGGGCGAGGAGCCGAAGCCCCGGCUGUCCCUCCCCGCGGCCUCCCGGAGCGCAGGUAAGCAGCCCCGCGGGAGCAGGCAGUCAGAAAUAUUCCCAAGAGAUUUGAACUUAAAAGACAAAUUCAUAAAGCAUUUCACAGGGCCGGUCACGUUUUCAGCCGAGUGUAGCAAACAUUUCCACAGGCUCUACCACAACACCAGGGAUUGCUCAAUGCCAGCUUAUUACAAAAGAUGUGCUAGAUUGCUCAAAAGAUUAGCAGUGAGUCCUCUGUGCUCACAGGCAUAG